UUUUGUUUCUGUUUUUAUGCUCACUUCACUUCGAUCAUCUCUUACUAUUCAACCUACCCUUUCACCCAAAACUCCAAAACCAUCCGACCUUCCACCUUCCGGCAGGAUUUUCCGGCACCCCGGCACCGUCCUUCUUUCUUUAUCGAUCGUUUAGUCCUGCCUUUUCAGCGUGGCUGCAAAUGGAGGCAUAGUAUAAUGAGUUGGUGGUUUGCGAUGGUUGCAAAAUGUUUUUUGCCAUAUGAUUGAAGAAUGACUUUAACGAAGCGGUAUGUGCUGAGAUUGUUCAUAUCAAUAAAGUACAUUACUGCAAACGUGAUAGAUCGAAACUGUGGACGAAUAGUAGCAACAUCAUCCACCGCAGAACACGACAUCAAGCAGUCCCUUGAGUGUGGCCGGUCCUGCAAUGCAAAAGCAGCUGCUGUUGUUGGAGAAGUAUUAGCCAGGCGGCUCAAAGUUGAGGGUCUUAAUGAAGGACAAGGAGGAGGUAUUCAUGUAAAUGUAAAUAAAGAAGUACAGAAGAAAGGAUUUAAGAGCCAAACCAAGAUUUGGGCUGUGGUAAAUGCUCUUAAGUAUAAUGGAGUUAAACUCAUACUUGAUGAUGAAGAUAGUGGCAGUAUUCCUUGUUCUCAUUCAUAAGAUAGGAGUGGAAUUUGUGCUAAGAACAUCUCUGAAAUAAUAAAAUUGCUUGGAACUAUAGAUUAGUCUAGUUUCUUAGAAGCUUUUGAGUCAGAUGUAAUUGAAAGAUCAUUAAUUUAAUUAUUUCACACCAUGAAUUUAUUGAUGAUACUGUUUUUGUGACCAUUGUAAUGAUAUACAAUACACUAUUGAUAAUCUUAAUAUGAUAUAAAAUUGGAACUGAUAAAAUUGGUUGGAGUGUUU